CUCCUGAUACUCCAGCGAAACCAAAACAAGACCGCUGCAGGCAACUGCUGGCGUGCUAGCGAGCGACCUUUAAACCUUCCGCUUGCUAUCACCUGUCUGUGCCAGUCACGUUCAGUCUCACCCCUCACUUGAAGGGCACCGCUAUUUCGGCAUGCGGUCCGAGCACGACGGCGACCAGCGCGUGGCGACGACACAUAAGCCACGCUGGAUCUUUGUCGCGGUUACCGGCGUCACGAACGGCGGCAAGACCAGUCUCAUCAAGCACCUCGUCGAGCAAUUUCCGGGCAGCGAGGCCAUCCACCAGGACCUCUUCUUCAGGCUAGAGGAAGACCCAAAUCACGAGAUGGUGCCUCAGCUGAACCAUGCCAACUGGGAGACCCUUGCCAGCGUCGACUGGGACAGGCUCCUCGAUGACCUGAAGCAGCGAACCGCGCUGCCACCGCCCGAGAAGAGUCGUCUUUUCAUCGUGGACGGCCACAUCGUGCUGAACGUGCCGCGGCUGGCGGGUCUCUUCGAGCGCAAGUACUUCUUCACGCUCACCAAGGAAGAGUGCUUCCGGAGGCGGCAGCAGCGACACUACGUGCCCCCUGACCCGCCGGGCUACUUCGACCUCGUCGUGUGGCCCAUGUACCUGAGCAACAAGCGAGACGUCGAGGCGACGGUCGCCGAUGUCCGCUAUCUGGACGGGGCUGCGGACAUGGCCGAGAUUCAUCGCCUCGUGCGAGAUGAUCUAGAAGCAUUGCUGAAGUCAGAAUCCUGAUCGCCGGUGCUCGGGCAGGGUGAUUAUAUAGUGUGUAUUUGUGGAUGAAAUUUCAUCGACCAUUUGAUAUGGCUUAACAUAAACUAGGAACCACUUGUAGAUCUGUAAAGGGUUUGCAACAUUACUCGGGAUUGAGCAUUUAGCUUUGAUAGUGCUGUCUCAGUUACUUGGAACCAUAGCCUCCGUGAGGGCAACGCGUAACAGCAGCGCAGAUCACCUGCAAGCCGUGCAUGCAUCCUAUACAAAUACCGGCGUACCAAAAGCUUGUUCAGAAUGACGGCACUCUGACGCACCAAGUAUCGUACAGUCGGUGAAAGGUCACAUUAAGCGGAGCGCAAGUUUGUCUGCUUUUUUUCCAGGGGUUUUGGGGACGUCAGGAUGCCGAGCUCUGAUUGGUUCUGAAUGAAGGAUAGUGGGUAGACUUCAAGGCAGCUUGCUUUGAGGUCUACCCACUAUCCUUCAAUCAGAGCUAAUCGAGCUUGGCAUCUUUCCGACGUCAUCUCAACUCCUGCGCAAAAAGCAGGCAGCUUGCUCUCCGCAUAGUGUGACCUUGCAUUGACCGUGAUCUGUCACAAUACAAUGUCAGCAUUGUCUUCAGCGGGCAAUAAGUGUACCGUAAAAUAUUGGGCAAGCACCCACUCAGAAUUUGAAGAUAAUCGCGAAAAAAUGGGAGAUUGGCACAUGUGAGGCCAUCAAUUUUACAUAUAUAUGUACUGUGCAUAUUUUUUUUUAGAUGUUUCAAAUUUUGGGGGUUGGCUCUUAGUGUGGAAUGGGCAGAUGUAUGGUAUUCUACGGUAGAUUGAUAUGUUAGUUGGUAGUCCUCUGCUUUCUGUGUACAGAGUCGUCGAGAUAAAUCUGGAAAAUUCACUAAAUUCAGGAAAACGCGCAGAGGCAAAGAUAUAAUAAACAUAGACAGUUUUCUGUGCUUUGCUAGGUCUGCCGUAAUGUCUUCCUGGCUGACAGAUUAUCUGAAUGUCUUAGCAAUGCUGUAAACUUGCGUCUUCUUGUAGCCAUACCAUGCAAUGAUUUGCAUAGGCAACUUUCUGGCACGAAGCAAUUGAAGCAUCAUCAUCAUCAUAAUGCCUCUAUUUGUGCCAAUCAACAACCAACAAAGGUCUACAAUGUGGCACAGUGAAAAAAUUGCACAGCUGUAACACAUGCUCAACUGAUAAAGCUAGCAUGCAACAAAACACGACAGUACAUUUUUAUCGACGAAAAAUAAUCUCAUCCAAUUGUCUACUGAGAUUUACGCAACUAUCAAAAAUAUCAAAAUUUUCAUGCCCAAGAUUGUUUACGCUUGUCUGCAUUCUUGUUGUUGGUGAUAUCAUGUGUUGAUAGUGGGGUUAAAAAGUGAGAGCUCUCCUAUUUGAGCGAGUCAAUACGUUCAAAUUUACUGUGAACAAAAGUGUUGAGUCAAUGUCCCCGUGAAUUAUAUUUUAUACAAGAAAGCUAUAUCGCGCGAUAAUCUUCUGAGGGAUAGACACUGUAGGCCAGAUUUGUCGAGCAGGAGUUCAAGGUUGUAAAAAUGCCUUCGGCCAAGGUAUUUGUCAUAAAAUUUGCGCACAAGGCGUCUCUGAACUGACUCUAUUUUAGCUGCAUCACAUAGUGUCAGUGAAUUCCACACCACAGAGCCAAAGUCUAGUCUCGAUCUAAUAAUAGAAUAAAAUAAAUAAAGGAAACAAGCAUAGUUCGCAAACUUUUUAAUUAAUCGAGUAAUCAUUCCUAGUAGUCUAAAUGCAGAACAGGCAGUAUGGGCGACAUGGCAGCCAAACGAUAGAGUAGUGUCAAAGUACACUCCGAGAUCACGAAGCGAUGAUACUCUCAAAAUGCACUUAUCAUCAGUUGAGUAUGAAUACUGUAUAAUUUCACGUUUUUUACUGAGACAUGACCUUAGUUUUUUCUGGAUUUAUGAUUAAGCAAUUUUCCCGACACCAGUUUAAAAUAUGUGAUGCAUCACUCUGAAGAAGGUCACAGUCGUCGAUCAAACUAAUACUCAAAAAGGGCUUAAUAUCGUCUGCGAAUAACAGCACGUUUGAGUAUACUACGCAAGUAGAUAUCUCAUUGAUAAAGAUGAAAAACAAAAGUGGACCCAAAUUGGAGCCCUGUGGAACUCCCAAUGACGAAUAAAAAGGGUCAGAGAAGUUAUUUAAAAUGCGUACGACACAAUGACGGUCAGUCAGGUAGCUUUCAAGCCAUAAUAAAAGCACAGGAGAAACGCCCGUACGCGACAAAUUGUGCAGCAGCAAAGCGUGGUUCACCUUAUCAAAGGCUUUCGAAAGGUCAAAAUAAACAAUGUUGACUUGACCGCGAUUACAAACAAAAGGUACUGAAUAAUCAUGGAAGGUACAGAGGUUUGUCUCGACUGAGCGCCCCUUGAUAAAACCGUGCUGAAAAGAACUGAUACGUCGCUUGAAAUAAAAAGAUAGACGGGUGUGCAUCACUAUCUCAAAUACCUUUGAAAAAGAAAGUAGCAAUGAUACAGGGCGAUAGUUCCCAACUUGCAUAGUAUCCCCCGUCUUAUGAAUAGGAACAACAAUAGACUCUUUCCACACAGAUGGAAAUAUACCCUUACUGCCCUUAAGCAUUGCUGCCCUCCGGUCGCAUUCCCCGCUCAUUUUCUGAGCAAGUCACGUAUUAUUUAUUAUGCGAUGGUUUGCUGUUGAAUCAGCGAAGUGUAAUACGGCCAAUUAGCUCCACUGUAUUUUGGAGAGAUGGAAUGCGGAAAAAGUCUGGAUUUAUCUUGACGACCCUGUAGUCAAUGCGACAUAACUGGUAAGCAAACCCUAACACAGAUUAUAAUGAGGACCAUGGUGCUCUGAGGGGGUUUCUUGCAAGCCAUUUACUAUAUGCUUUUAACAAAGAUGUGUAUCUGUCACAGUGUGGGAACGUCUGGUUUUUUAAAGACUUUUUUGUGCCUCGAGGGUCGAUACUCGAGAUGGAUAUUGCUCAUGAGGUUUGAGCAGCCAAGGUAUCUCUUGAAGUUUGCCAUGUUCAAGAACCCCUGCUUGCCAUUUCGGAAGCACCGUCUUAUGUUUUCUGGUUGUGUAGUAGCAGGGAUGGGCAGUAUUUCAAAUAGAAGUAUUUGAAAUACGUAUUUCAAAUACUUUGUGUAUUUUGCAUUUGUAUUUAAUUACGAAUUGGGUAAUGUAUUUGACGUGUGUUUAAAUACUAAAACGUGGGUAUUUCAAAUACAAUUGUAGUUAAAUAUGAUUUUGUGGGCGAAAAUACAUCCCUCAAAUUUAUUGUCACGACAAUUCUUGUUUUUAUGCAUGUGGUUGUAAGAUAUAGACUCCAUCCUUUAUUCGGCCAUGGGGAUUUUUUUCUUAUCCUCCUCCGGCUUUAUUUUAAAGGCACUAUCCAGAGCAGGAAGAAAACUAUGUUCUGCACCGAACGCAGUGUCUCUCAGUCAAGCACAAGCGUUUAGUGACUUUGUGAUUACGGUGCUAGCCCAGGGCAAGAAUAGGGACGAAAUCGACGUUCAUAGGCAGACAGGCUAAAUAAGAGCCUGCGACAACUUGCGAUGCUUUCCAGCCUGAUUUCUAUCCAUAUUUUUGCCUGGAACAUUCUAAAUGUGCGGGUCGUCCAGAUUUUCGUAACUGGUGCGAGUUGCAACAAUAUAAAACUUUCUAGCUAGUGCUGCGCGUCUUGGUCGUCUCGGUUCUUUGUUGGUCUAUACCAAAAUGUAAUCGACUAAAAAAUCUGCUUGAAGCUCUGUACUUUUUUCACCUAUUACGUCCAAGCUGAUUAAAUUUUUUUUGUGAUUAUAUUUCUAUUACGUUACUAGAGCCUCGCACACUAACUUCCGAGUGUGCGAUGCGCAAUUAAAAUGAAAUACCCAGAAACCCGUUGCAGGUGCCCUGAAGUCGCUGACGCAAAUUUUGAGGAAUGUAUUUGGAAAAAUAUUUGGAGGAGACCAAAUACAUUUGCUUGUAUUUGUAUCUUGUACUUAAAUGCUUUUUUGGAAAUGUAAUUAGAUUUGUAAUUAAAUACAUUUUGACGAAGUAUUUUGUAUUUGUAUUUCGAUACAUAUUUGCAUGUAUUUUGCCCAUUCCUGCGUAGUAGCAUAACCCACUGCUAAAGGAAGUUCGUAGUAAGUCGGGUGGGUGCUUUUUGGUAACUCGUAAUGCAUUCCUGCAAGUAUGUUUAUUUCCCCAUUGAUCAGGGUUGUGUAUAAUCUACAAAAUGCAUGUCAACGCUGCAUUUCUCUUGUGCAUGACGCACGUUUCUCUUUUACACAUUGUCUUACCCGCCGAGCAAGCAUAUCUGUACAGCGCCAACACGGUUAAAGAGAGAAUUGUCUACAGGUGGAAUACGCUUUACAGAUGGCCAUCUUAUAAUUACUAUGAAGAGGUCUGCACCUGGAAUCAACUUUUUGCGCCACAUUGUCAAGCCUAGCAUAGCUUCGCCCACAGUGCUCCAUCGACGUGAAAGCCGCUUGCACGGCCUCGUGGCUUCGUUUGGCAUCUUUGCACAGCAGCGCGUACAAAUGAGACAUUACGAGCCACAUGCUCUCUCAGCAGUGUGGGGCUGCAUACUAUGCUAGCCUUAAAAAGGUAGCACAAAACUUUUAGCCUUUCCACUCUAGUGAAGAAGGAUGACCAGCGAAGCUGUACUAUGGCGGGAAUGAAGUAAUGGCCGGCCGCAAGUCGCAAGCCAGAGUGGAAAGGUUGCCGCCAUCUAUUAGCGACGACGCUCAUAGAUGGCGGUAGCUGUCCAGAGUUCUGUGUCAUCAGGUCAUUUGAGGAUGGACACGAUCCUGAGGAAACUAGCCCUUAACAGCUCUGCUGUAAAAAGAUGAUGCCAAGUACAGACAGAUAAUAAAACUUAUAUUACGACAGAGUCAGCACCUAAUGACAUAGGUGCUUUCUCACAGUUUCCUUGAAGAGGUUAGUGAUGGAUUUAAAUUUACUGCGGUGCCCAGAACGACUACACUACAUUACAUUACACAAUGCCGUGAAGGCUACUGGUACAAGUAUGUGGCCGUGUAUGUCUUGUUUGCAUGACGGCGCAUGGAAACGAGAUGCUGGAGGACAUAACGCACUUGUGUCAAUGGCUUUGACAGUGUGUUAUGCUAUAUAGAAAAUGGAGUCAAGUAAUUUUGAUGACAUCCCAUUGGUUGUGAAAGUAAGAGAAAAAAAACAAACUGAUAACUCAAUCAUGUUAAGUCUGUCGCUUUGUUUAUUCCUUAAACUUUCCUCAUUGCACAGCUUUUAGACAAGCUAAUCGAAUUUCUAAAUACCUUUUUCCUUUUAAUGAGGGUGAGGUUUUUCUUUGAGAAAGAAAGGUCUUUUUCCAAUAAAAUGAAACUUUAAAUAAAAAUUGCAGAAUUUGUCUGGAGAUCAUGCAGCUUGCACUGGCAUUAGAGUGAUCUCUAACUUUUGCUUGCAAGCUACAGUUGCACAUAUAUCGGAUAAAAGCUGAUACUUCAUAGCUCUAGAGCUGGUGUACAAGUUGCUAUUGAAAUUUUGCUAUUCAGGCAUUCAACAAUUAAAUUGAUUAUCAGGUAGUGAUAGAGCCCAAGACCCAAGUAGUCAUACAAUUUGGAAAUUGAAUUAGUGUGUGUUGUUUACUUUUUCUCGAAAUUGUAAUUCAUUCAUUAGUUUUUAAUAUUGGUAAUUAUAGAAGUCUUACUACAAGCUACGAUUCCGGAAAUAACUGCUGCCGUCCGUCUAUACAAAAGUUUGAGAGUAUACUUGGUUCCAUAUCCCUUCCGCUCUGCAAUAACCGAGGGGAGAGUGAAGAAGGCUUCUUUUUAUGAAUUUGUGACCCCCCAAAAACUUCAGGAUGGGCACACAAGUGGCAUCUGAGGAGGUUAAUGCAGGUUAACUGCAGCUCAGCGGUGUAAAUUGCAGUGAUGUGAUAGGUCGGAGUCAUUUUCGAGCAGAAGAAAUCUUUUGGAGCAUAAGCACACACUUCAUUUUCCUUCAUACCACCGCAAAUAUUAUGCUAAGGUCUAAGCAUUGGCCUGUCGAACUGAAAGACAAUGUCUACCUUGCCUUCCCACUUUUGUGAAACCUUUAGUUAACGUCAGUUGCACAGCAGGUUUGAUUCCCUCGAACACAGAACAUGCUGCUCAGUAGUGCGUAGAAGCAAAAACACGGCAACUAGGUGCCAAUGAAUGAAUGACAGUAUGACUUGGAGUGCAGUUAUUUUCUGGACAGAAUCAAGAAUAAAGCACAUAGUAUGUUAUGCCGAAAAGUGUUAAACUAGAA